AUGGGGGCAAGCCAAUCACAGGAGGCUGACGGAGCUGGAGGUACCAGUCCAACCAAAAGUCCAACUAAAGCAGCUGCGGCUCCUACUGGAGGCAGCAAGAUGAAUUCCGACGCGGCCGCCUUCCUGCCGGCCGCCUCGGCGGCCACGGUGCCCACCGCGAUGGGAGGUGGCGAGAAAGCAAAGAAAGAGGCGCCCACAGGCUCUCAAAUUUGUGUGCGAAACUUGUCGAAGGACGCCAAAGAGGAAGAUCUCCGCAAAGAAUUCGAAGGCUUUGGCAAAAUCACCGACGUCUCAUUGAAAACCCUGAAGUUCCUUGGCUCUUUGGCAGUUUCGAGCUACUGGAAAACCAAGGAGGUUGAGCAAGAACUUGAAAUGGUUUGA